CUGCAGUUUACCCCAUUUUGGUGUGUCAUCCCCACGGUCACCCCCCCUGGUGGUGUGGAUCAGUGAGGAUAGAGAAGUGCCCAAACCUGUAUACAAGAACGUGCCUAUGACGAGAAGAGAAGAAAAGGUAUAGGACAGAGAAGAACAAGUUAAAGAAUUAUGGACUCAGAUUGUGAACAGUCAGAUGACGAAGAAGAAUUUCUUGUCUAUGUCGAAUUUGAAGGUUUUGUAGAACGAAACACGUUUAGUGAUGAGAAUCUGAAGUUAGAUAUAAUUGGUAUAGAUUCUGAUUAUCCUAUUAUAGAAGUUAACGGUAAAUUCUAUGAAGGAACCUAUGAAGAUGCUGUCGGAACGUACUUAUUUUUCAAGAAUGAUGAGAAUCCCAUUGUCAAUGACCUGAUAUUUGACACAGUUCCUACUUUAAAAUAUUUUGCAAAAACAAGAAAAUUGUUACGAAUGCAAAGAGUUUUCACUGCAGCUCGAACAGAUGUUCUAGGAGAUUCUACUCAUGCUCAAUGCAUUCCUAAUAUAAAUACUAUAAAAGAAGCUGGAGUACCUUCAAAAUACCAUGAUAAUGCCCUUUCUUUUUGGACUGAGAUGCGUGAUGACAGGUUACAAGCCUUAAAUGCAUACUUGGAAAAACAUAGAAUUCGUGAAGAAAAAAAGUUACAAGGAAUUCAACUGGAUUCAGAAUCAGAUGAAGAUAAUCCAUUUGCUAUAUACAAAUCUAAUAAAACCACUAUACCUACAACGAAUAUGACUAUGCUGAAAGAAGAUGCAAAUUCAAAAGACAUUGAGAAUAAGCUUGACCAUGAAAGUUGCCAAUCAGUUGCACUUCCACUUUUACAUAGUUUACAAAAAGAUAGAAAACAGUUUCCAUUGGAGAACAAUAAAAACACUAAUGUAGAUGUAAACCAGAAAAUAGAGUUGAGUCAGAAAGAAGAAUGUUUUGGAUUAUCAGGAGCAAUACAUUCUAGACAAAGUUCGCAUAAAAAACUGGACUUGAGCACAUAUGACGUAAUAGGUAAACACAAAGGAAGUAUUAAGGUAAUCAAAAGAGCAAGAGGAAGAAUUGGUUCUACAAAUGUAGAAAAGGCAGUAAAGUCUUCAAGAAAGAAACAAUUUUCUGAAACUAAGGUAGUGACAGCAGAAUGUAUCAAUACUGGGGUUAACAAUCUAGAAUUAAGUGACAAGAGUAAAGUUGAAGAAACACCUUUGACAGGUGAAAUACAGACUGUAGAAACAAAGGAUAACGUUGAUAUUACAAAUAUAGAAGAUAAUAAUCAAGAUUCCCUACCAGAAGCAUGCAAAUUGACAACAAAUACAACUUGUAUGAAUAAACGACUCAAAAAGAAAGUCAAGCGCGAAGCUAAAAUGAAAGAAAUUUCAGAACAAUUGAGAAAGUCACACCAAAAAUAGUAGUACAAAUAUGUAUAUUGUAAUGUAUGAAAAUGCAUCCAUUCAAUACAGAUAAUUUAUAAUUAGACUAUAAUAAACUAUAUAUUUUUCGAAAUUAUAAGAAAACUAUUUUAAAGGUACGAUGUUAAAGUUACAUAUGCUUAUUAAAUGGUCUUUAUUCUAUACGACAUAAAAAUUUGUAUUUAAACAAAAAUGAAGUGUAAGGAGGAGUAGGGGGAGCGACAAAAGUCGAUGCGCCGGCGAUGUUAUCACUUGCUCGCGUAAGUACCAGGCCCUGGCAAUUGAUCUGAAAUGAAAGAAUGAAUGACUCAUAUAGCACAAAACAUUCAAAUACAUUUGAAAAACAUUACUGAAAAAUAACAAGCAAAUUGAUAUGUUUCAGCAAUGUUUCUAAAACGUAUCUGAAUAUUUUGUGCUUUAUGGAAAUAAUCUUAAUUUAUAAUAAAUUGCGUAUAAAAUGAAUUAAAACCAAGAAAGUCCAAUUUUGUUAAAAAUAAUGAGAUAGCAAUGUCAAAGUUUAGUUUUUGGCCAAUAAUUUGUGGUAUUUUGUUAAUAAAAAUAUUUGUUUAAUAUU